GAAAUCUUAUUUUUUCGAAGAGGAUUAUUUCGAUCCAAUUCAGUAAAAGAAAUUUCGAUUUUUUUUUGUCCACCCCUAAAUUUAAACAUGCUCCUUGUGGGACGACGUCGUUGUAUCCCGUCUCCACAUCACCCCGUCGAGGAGAACUGGUGAGUGAAAUUUUUGACGAGCAUCUUCAGUAUCGGACUCCAUGGCGGCAUACUUAAGCAUGGGUGAAGCUCACCGGCGAAUUACCGACUACCUAACGCGCUUCUCCGACGCCGUCUCCUACCAAGAUGGGAAAUCCCUCAGCCGCUUGCUUUCUCUCUCCUCCGACUCUGCCCUCCUCAUGUCCCUUGCCGACGCUCUCAACACUUUCCAGGAUGCCAACAGAAUUAUGAGGCAAUCCGAGAAAUUUUCGCAGUAUGCAGACAUUAUAGUUCCUAUAUUUCGCGCCUUGCAGAGUUAUCGGCUGAGAAAUCUGGUCGAGUCUUAUGUUGCCUUUGAGAAAGGGUCAAAUGCUUUUCUUCAGGAAUUCCGAAACUGGGAAUCAGCAUGGGCUUUGGAAGCACUGUAUGUGAUGGCAUAUGAAAUCAGGGUUCUUGCUGAAAGAGCUGAUAUAGAGUUGGCUUCAUUAGGGAAAAUCCCAGAGAAGCUAAAAGGUGCUGGAUCGUUCCUCAUGAAAGUGUUUGGUGUUCUUGCUGGAAAAGGGCCAAAACGUGUGGGAGCUUUAUACGUCACAUGCCAACUCUUUAAAAUUUAUUUCAAGCUGGGGACUGUCCACCUAUGUCGCAGUGUGAUAAGGAGUAUUGAAACUGCGAGGAUUUUUGACUUUGAAGAGUUUCCUGUCAGGGAUAAGGUCACUUACAUGUAUUACACUGGUCGUUUGGAGGUGUACAAUGAAAACUUUCCAGCUGCUGAUCAAAAAUUGUCGUAUGCAUUGGCACAUUGUGAUGCAAGGAAAGUCACAAAUAUAAGGAUGAUACUAAAGUAUCUGAUUCCUGUGAAGCUCUCAAUAGGCAUAUUACCCAGAAUCUCACUUCUUGAGAAGUUCAACUUAAAUGAGUAUACUGGUGUAGUGCUUGCUCUUAAAAGGGGUGAUCUUAGACUUUUAAGACAUGCUCUCCAAGAACAUGAAGACAGAUUCUUAAGGUCUGGCGUAUACCUUGUUCUGGAGAAGUUAGAACUUCAAGUCUACCAACGGUUAAUGAAGAAAAUCUAUAUCAUGCAAAAGCAGAAGGAUCCAAAUAAAGCUCACCAAAUCAAGCUAGAUGUUAUUGUUAAAGCAUUGAAAUGGCUCGAGAUGGACAUGGAUGUUGAUGAGGUCGAGUGCAUAAUGGCCAUCCUGAUUUACAAGAACCUUGUGAAAGGGUAUUUUGCUCACAAGAGUAAAGUGGUGGUCUUAAGCAAACAAGACCCUUUCCCCAAAUUAAAUGGCAAACCUGUUGGCUCAUAGAUCUGUUGUACUACAAUUUUUAGUUGUAUUUUUUGUUGGCGCGUCUCAAUUCUGGGCUACUAUGUGAAUGAAAAUACUUGAUGAUAGAACAAUAGAAGGGUUAUCCUGGUCUCGAGAAAUGUAUGCUAAAACUUUGGAAGUCUCAGUUAUAGAGAUGAAGUUUCUCAAAUUCACAGGUUGGGUGCUAUGGACUAACCCCUAAUUAACAC